AUGAAGUUUCAAGAGUCGGUCUACAGCCUUGGAUAUCCGAUCUACGGAGCACGGUUUCUUAAUGACACCGUUCUUUUGGUCACUGGCGGUGGUGGUGAGGGCAACAAUGGCAUCCCAAAUAAAUUGACAGCUUUGCAAGUAAACUUCGAGAAACGCAAAGUUAUCAAGCGUUUCCGGGAGCUAACACUCGACAACAACGACGAUUCACCCACCACUUUGGAUGCGGCAAACAAUAUCAUUUUGAUGGGCUGCAAUGAAUCGUCAGCAAAGAUCAAAGCGGGCCAAGAUAAUCACCAUCUCCGCAAGUACGUUUUCGAAAACGACCAUUUGAAAUUCGUAGCCAGUGUAGAUAUGGACCGUUCACGCACUCCUGAGGACUACACAAAACUAACAUACAUGUCACAGGAUGGUUCUGUUGCUGCAAUUGCAUCGUCAAAACUGCCCACCGUGAUCCGGAUUUUGAAUCCAGCUCUCUUGUCUGAAACAUACGAGAUUGAGACUGGAAACGACGUUAAAGACCUGCAGUUUAGCCCCGAUGGUAAGGUUCUCAGCUACAUAACUUCGUCCACUUUAGAAGUCAUUUCCAUCGUCACAGGCCGUUUCAUUGUGCGUAAAACAGACUUCAACGAAAACUGGGCACUAUCCAAAAUACGAUUCAUAGGCGAAGACACAGUUGUCAUUGCCGCAUCGCUUAAGAAGGGAAACGGCAUAGUGCUUUGUAAAGUAAGCUUGAAGUCUGGCACCACUUCUGUGCUGAAGACCAAAAUUGUGACCACCAAGAUCAAAGGUGUCACUUCCAUGGACGUCGAUCUGAAAGGCCAAUUGGCGGCAUUGGCUGGCAACGACAAUUCUGUGCUCAUUGUCAAGCUCAAGAGCCUAACUGUCUCUAAGUUUUUUAAGCAGGUGCACUCUUUCGCUGUCACCAGAGUUGUGUUUUCGCCUGAUGGCAAAGUGCUUGCGAGCGUUUCAGCCGCAAACACCAUACAUGCUAUUCGGGUUCCUGACAAUCUAGCCGCUUCGACCUCUUUUGUUGAAAAGUUGGUGAAGGUUCUGGUCAACUUUGUCCUAAUGGUUGCCCUUGCCGCAAUCGUGCAAGUUAUCUACAAACAUGACCUUCACCAAAAGACAUACCGAUUUGCUUUGGAGAAAUGGAGUGCUAGAAAUCAACCUCUCAGUAUGAUUGAUGAGUUCAGGCAAACCACACUAAUCGGCGAUGUUGUGAGCGUUGAAACAAAAACGAAAGCUGUGCCUACCCGAGAGCAUUCGGUGACAACACCCACUUUUUCGACAACAACUAGUGAAACUCUAACUUUCACAUCAGAACCGGAAUCUGAUGCGGGUGCGGACGUACCCGAGUCUCUUUAUAGCGAGACUUUGAGCUCUGCGAUCUCUUCCGGCAUUCCCGGUGAAAUUUCGGCUAGCAUGGGAGCUGUUGACUACACCAGUACAAGCACUGGGAGUACUGUAAACACGCACUCUUUCAGUAGAACUUUUUCGAGUAUUCCGGACCUUAACCUCGAACACAGCGCUUCGCCAACAUCUAAAUCAACGGUUGAAGAUCUAGUAACGUCGGAAAGUCUUAACAAUAAAAGCGAACCUACCGCCUCAGGAUUGCUAAAGGAAACUAAAGUUAUUUCUGAAACUGAGAGCUCUGAAUCCCCCACCACUUGUGUUUCAAAAACUUCAUCUGCAAGUAGUGCUACUCCGAGCAACGUCCCCUUAGAUGCGGAUUCUUUGGAACCUGACACCGAAAGUGAAGCUGCUUUGCUCUCUCAAAAAUCUUCUUUAGAAAGGCGUUUGGAAACGACCAAACUCAGUAGUCCAGCCGGUUCAGACCGUGAAAUCAUAGCCACUGGCAAAUCUGAAGGUUCGGCAAUUGAGUCUGCAACACCUUCCAAAAGCCCUGCCUUCUCAAAAUCAGCUGCUGAUGUAGAUGAUACUCAGAGAGAGUCUAGCGAUCAUGUAUCAACACAAACAUCAACCUCAAGAUCCGCGGACGUCGCUCAAUCGGUGAAACCUUCAAUGUCCGUUGGUACAAUGCUCACAAAAAAGUCAAGCGAAGAACCAAAGCUUCACAAGGCCGGUAGCUUGACGUCCAAGAGAAGCCCUACCGAGGAUGCCAAAAUCGCUAAGGAUAUCGCUCAAAGCGACGUGGAAUAUCAAAAGGGAUUGCUUGCGUCGAAAACAGCAGCGAUCGCGUCUCAACUAGACGAGUCUUCCACUUUAGCAUCAACCACUGCUUCGACCACUGAAAGUGCUGAACUACUGGUUGGUAUCUCGACGACAAGGGACCUACAGUCUUCUGAAUUUUCUGCAAGCUCCGCUCUCACAUCAUCGUGGGCAGGUCCCUCAAGCGCUCAUACGGUUGAACAUGUUUCAAGCGGUAUUCCAGAUGACUUUGAAAACAAAUUCACUCCAGACGUUUCCGGGCAAACAGAAGAGGUUGGUGACAUAGAAGAAGCUACUCCAGACGUUGCCUCUACAGAUUAUGACGAGCCCGCGACGGUUGAAGAAUUAAAACCUGUGGCCGAAGUUACCGCUAAAACUGACAAUAAGCUCCAAGACUCCGCCGUUGAAGAGCCUUCAUCUGAAUUGCUGAUGAGUGAAACAGGCGUUUCUUCCGAAACUUCGAAAGAAAAUGAUAUCGAACAUGAUGAGCUUUAA